AGAAAAGUUUGUCUGGUCACGAGAACAUUUUAGAAAGCUUUGUAUACGCAGCAGACGCACAGCAGGGAAUGGUUGAUGAACUUUUGAAUCUUUUAGAAGAAAACACGGAAAACUAUCCUGAUAAUGCCUCACAAGAGAAAAAUAUUAUGCCAAGUGUGAUGAGAGGAGCAGCAUAUAUUUUAAGAAACAUGCAGAUAUCAAGUCAGUUGCUGCUUACAAAGAGUCUCAAAACCUCAUUCGCGGAUAUUCGAAGUGACAUCAACAGAUGUCUAGAACAGUUUGGAAAAGAUGUGUCCAUUAUCGAUGUGAACCGCCAGAAAGAUAUUCCCGAAAACUUACAAAAAAGAAACGUAGAAGGACAGAUGAAAUACCUGAAACAAACCGUAACAGAACAAGAAAAAGAGAUCAAAGAGAUACAACGACAAAAUAGAAUACUUCAGAAUGAAAUAGAACAAUACAGACCAGAAAAUGUAUCAGCUACAGUACAGUUAUUGAAUACUCUCGGGGGUAAUUCAGUUGAUGAAAUGGAAAAAGAGCUCAAAACUACGUUGACAAGCAAGUUAGGAACGAUGAACUUCAUAACCUGUCAAAGUGCAUCCGACUUAGAUGAUAAAAAGUUGGUUAUAGUACUGUGUAUAGUCUCGACCAGAUUACGUGCAGAUGCAGCAAAAGCUAUAAAAGAUAUAAAAAAUCCUGGAAAUGCUGCAUUGUUGAUAAUACACAUCACAGAGGCACAUUAUUUGCCAAAUCAGAACAGUUCUAGCAAUCUUACCGACCAGAACUUCAAGAAGUUACGUCAUAUCUUUGACAUGGCUUUCAAGUCUGGGAAUGGAUUUUUUCAAUGCGACAUGAACGAACGAAGUAUUAAUGAACUAUGUUCAUUUUGUAAAAAACAUCCUUACGGAGACAGAUUUUAAUUUAUGUUACAGAACAUUUAAAGGCUGUCAAAGAAACAUUAUAAACAAGAUGUAUACUGAAUCAAUCUUUUUAUUUAGAGUAUCUGCGUGGACACACGUCCAGAGUUUCGCUGUAGUGGAAUAAUAUGGCUUGUAAAUAAGAAAUGAAAUGAAAAUAAUGUUUACACUUAUCUACCUCUAAUUAUAAGACAGCUCGUAUACUUUUAUAAGUAUGAAAAACAGAAAAUUAUGACCUUUUUUCACACACAAGACAAACUUGACGUAUAGAUUGAUUUAUUUUGUCUGCUUUGUUAAGAAUACACACAAUUUCUGUCUGUCCAGUUUAAAGUCAAAUUAUAUACAUUUCAUUACGUGUGCAUGCUUCAAUUGUAUUAGCAUUAAUUUUUAUAUGGAUUGUUAAACGAUCGCUUAUAUGUUUAAAUCAUUUACAUCAUUUUACCUCUAAGAGUUAUCACUCACUGCAUUCGAAUUGCAACGAUAUUUCUUAAAAACACAAGUUUUCGUUGUAAUGUAUGGAAAAUCAUUGAUUAUAUUGAAAAAGUACUACCUUUCUGAGACACAUCUGCGGGUGUCUCUAAAUUAUGUUUUGAUACUUAUGCCAGGUGUAAAUGUUGAGUUCUGCUCAACCCCUGACGGUAGCUUGAAUUUCUGCUACCGCCAGUGAACAGGCUUAAUCAAACCGAGCCUGCAACAUUUUCAUAUAAGUCGUGUUGUGGUUUUCACUUUUUCAAGUUAUAAAUGAUCUCACUUUCACAUGCUAAAAGAAGUUUAACAGUUGUGUUUAUGUACAGCCAAAACUACUUGUAACAAUGUAUGUUUUUUCUAUUGACACUAAAUCUAUGCUUAAGGUAUUUUAUCAAUGAGAUAUCAAAUUAUGAUUUCAUUUUUCCUAAGAUUUGAAUGGCUGUCAAAAGUGCCAAUGGUUUUGUAAUACAUUGCCACAUUUAUAGUUUUAAAACCACUAAACAGGGCAUUUAAAGCAUCUGCUUUAAAAAAAGUAUUUCGAAACUUUAAUUCAAACCACUUUGAUCUUGGAUUGUGUACUUUAAUUCAAGUUAAAUAGAUAUAUGCUUUUGCUGCUUUUGAAUUCCGAUAAUGAAAAAUUGAGUUUACUUUAUCAAAGUAGCAGUGAUUAUAUGCGUUAAUAUCAAAGCAACAAAGCUGGUAUUUAAUUUAGUUAGAAGAACAGGGGAGGGGAUCGAACUCGCGUCCCCUUGUUUCGUAGUCAAAUUUUGCUACAAAUAGACCACCGCGUCCGCUCUAAUACAAAAAACACGCAUUCGGUGUAUUUAUAUCUUAUGACAAAAGAAGAAUAGAACGUAAUAUACUCAAAUGCGUUUAUUUAUACAUGACAAUUAUUAUUUCAUUCUUGCAAUUUGUUUACAAACACGUUUAAAUUCACUCAUUACUAUUCAUGAAAAGUGAUCUCACACGGAGGUCUUUUUGCAUGACCGUUUUCAUCUGUUAAAUAUCUUACUUACUUUACUAUUCAAGUCUGUGCAACAUUUGUAGCCACGCUUCAAUUUAUUUAUGAAAAGUUAAGUUGUCCUAGCCCCAUACUUGCCCUUUUGAAAAAUGGGGGUUGUAUAUACGAAAUAUUGCAAUCCCUAAAACCAACAAAAUAUAAACAGCUUAGCUUGGUCCUACGGAGGUAAUUUUCUAUCAUUUUUCUUGGCGUGUUUUAAGAGCACGCACACGCAUAAACGACAAAUGAACGAGACACUGCAGCAAAUACCUUAUUUGUUAUAUCGAUGCGCUUGUAAUACGUCAGAGAUGUAGUUUAAUUUGUCGUUCUGGUAUGUUUACGCGUUAGAAGGAAACCAACACGCCAGAAUGGCAAACAAGUUCGCGCUCCUUAAACAAGCAAGAAUGAAAUGAAUC